GGGCGGACAUGUGAUUUUGGAUGCCCAAGGACGGGAGGCCAUUUUUCGCGGCGUCAAUGUGGGCGUGGAAGAAUGGGCUAAUGAUGGUAGACCUUGGCAUCCUGACUUAUACGCGGAUGGAAAGUGCCCUAGUGCGCAGGACUCCAAGAACCAGCCUCCAGCUUUAUGGCUCAAAAGAAUCCUUCUCCACGUGGCUCCCGUUAAAGUACUGCGCUGGUAGUGCCUGGUGGAGUCUCAGGCUGUACUGAGGCAAGUACUGCGGGGCGAGUAUUUUAACGGGAUGCUUUCGUGGAAUGGGUUAAGGGUAGCUCUAACAGUUUGCGCAGUCAAUUUCCAGAAAGUUCCGAAAUGGGAACAGAAUACGAUCUACACCUCACGUAACGACUUGGCGCAAGUACGCUCUCUACUAGGUUUCAAUCUCAUUCGGAUGGCGAUUUCGUGGAGCCUACUCGAGCCAAAAGCGGGCGUCAUUUCGGAGGACUACUUUUAGGCUCUCUGUUCAUUUUUCUGAGAAAGAUUCAAAUUAAUGUACUUAUAUACCAAUAAAUAUAUGUUCCAG